AUGGCAGAAUUGGCAGUUGUAUUUGUACUUGACAAGCUGACAACAUUACUGGAGGACAAAGUGAACCUGAUAAAAGACGUGAAGCGGGAGAUCGAGUACGUGAGAGAUGAACUCGAGAGAAUGACGGCUUUUCUCAGAGUCGCCGACGCUGCAGAAGACGGCGAUCCGGAGCUCAAAGUCUGGGUUAAGCAAGUUCGCGAUCUGGCCUACGAAACCGAGGACAUCAUCGACGAAUUCAUGUUCCACCUCCGCCGCACAAAUCCCUGUUUCCCCGCCGCCGUCGGAGCCUGUUGCUUUCUGCACAAGCUGAUUCUCGCCGUCAGAAACCUCAACACCCACUACGCCAUCGCUUCUGAGAUCCAGACCAUCAAAUCCAGGAUGACCGACAUCGCUGAAGGCCACCGGAGAUACCGUUACAGAUUCACCGUCCCGAAUCAGGGCUCAAAUUCAUCGGCCGGCGGCGGAAGCAGUCGCGGCGGUAUUGAUCGGCGAGGCGAUGCGCUUUUGCUCGAAGAAGGCGAGCUGGUGGGCAUCGAUGGCCCCAAGAAACAUCUCGUCGCUUGGCUUGUGGAGGGCGGCGAUUCGAGGCUUAAGGUGGUGGCGGUGGUGGGGAUGGGCGGUUUGGGGAAGACCACUCUCGUCAAGAAGGUGUUCGACGACGCCGCUGUCAAGAAACAUUUCCAGAACCACGCGUGGAUCACCGUUUCUCAGUCGUUCAACGUGGAGGAGCUCCUGAAAGACACUGCCCACCAACUGUUCGAUCAAAUGAAAAUGCCUUUUCCACCGGAGAUGAGCUCCAGCUACAUGAAUGGAAACAGGCUCAAGGCGAUAAUCAAGGAUUUCCUUCGUGGGCGAAGGUACAUACUCGUUUUCGACGACAUUUGGAGCAUCCAGGCCUGGGAAUCAAUCAAGUACGCUUUGCCCAACGAUGAUCGAGGCAGCUGUGUAAUCCUCACCACACGUUUCUUGGAUGUAGCCUCCUCUUGCAGUGUCGAGAACAAUGGCUAUGUCUAUAAGUUGAAUCCCUUGUCCGAAGAGGAAUCAUGGAUUCUCUUCUGCCGAAAGGCCUUCCAAAGUAACUCUUGUCCUAAUCAUUUGACAGAUAUUUGUUUGAAUAUCUUGAGAAGGUGUGGCGGUUUGCCGUUAGCAAUUGUGGCCAUUAGUGGGGUGCUCUCCACCAAGAAGGAGACCAAUAUCGACGAAUGGAAGAUGCUCAAUAAUGGCCUCGGCUCGGAGUUGGGAAGCAACGACCAGCUCGAAAGUAUGAGAAACAUUCUGUUGCUCAGUUUCAACUACCUGCCUUACUACCUCAAACCAUGUUUUAUGUACCUGAGCAACUACCCAGAGGAUCAUUUGAUCGAGCACAACACGCUUGUCCGGCAGUGGAUAGCCGAGGGCUUCGUGAGGGCAAAAGAGGGAAGAAUUGCCGAACAAGUAGCUCAAGGCUACCUCAACGAGCUUAUAAACAGAAGCUUGCUUCAUCCCGUGAGAACAAACGAUGAUGGAAGUGUCAAAGUGAGCUGCAUCCACGAUCUGUACCGUGAGAUUAUUCUCUCGAAAUCGAGAGACCAGAAUUUCGUGACAACGACAGCUGAGAGGAACAUGGCGUGGCCUAAAAGGGUACGACGAAUAUCAAUCCACGGGUCGUUGGAAAAAAGUGAGGUCAAAAGGUACGGCACGAGACUCUGUUCUCUUCUGUCGUUUUCCGUGGGAGACUCUCGAUCGAUUUCGGGCAUGCUGCAGUUGAUCAAAAGCAGCAGAAUGCUGAAAGUUCUCGAUUUGACAGGUGUUCCCUUGGAAAAGUUUCCCGAAGUGAUUCUUGAAUUGUUUCAUUUGAGGUAUCUAUGCCUGAGAAAUACUUGGAUCAAGAAGCUUCCACGUUCGAUCGAGAAACUCCAGAAGCUGGAGACCUUGGAUCUCAAAGGGACGUACAUCACCGAACUGCCAGCUGGCAUUUUGAAGCUCCAAUAUCUGCGUCAGCUUUUGGUCUACCAUCAUGUUCCUGGCUCGUACAUGGCGUAUAACUAUGUGCAUGGUUUCAAAGCAUUAAAAGGGAUAGGGUGCUUGAAGUCACUACAGAAACUCUGUUUCAUUGAGGCUUGUUAUGGAAGCACUGUGCUUAAAGAGAUAGGAACAAUGACCGAACUGAAGCGGAUAAGUAUAACGAAGUUGAGAACCGAAGACUGUGCGGUUUUGUGCUCCUCUGUUGAAAAUCUCGUAAAUCUUUCUUCUUUAGGUCUUAGAGCAAUGGAGGGAGAGAUUCUUGAUCUUCAGUAUCUUUCUUCACCUCCUCCGUUUCUUCAGAGGCUAUACUUGGGAGGAAAAAUGGAGAAGUUGCCACAUUGGAUACAAUCGAUCCACAGUUUGGUUAAAGUAUACUUGAGAUGGAGCCGAUUAAGCAACGAUCCGCUGGAACAUCUGCAAGACUUGCCUAAUCUUGUCCAUAUCGAGUUUCUCGAGGCUUACAUUGGGCAGAAGCUGUGUUUUAAGGCGGGUAAGUUUCGGAAGUUGAAACUAUUAGGUCUCGAUAAAUUGGAAGCACUUAGGGAGGUGAUUGUCGAGGAGGGGUCGGCGCCCCUUCUCGAGAAGCUUAUCAUUCAGAGGUGCAGCUCGUUGGAGAGCUUGCCCGUGGGAAUCGAGCGUUUGAUGAAUUUGAAAGUUGUCGAGUUUUUCGACAUGCCCGAGCGGUUUAUCUUGCAGUUAUCUCCACGAAAAACGGGCGACGAGUACUGGAAAGUCGCGCAUGUUCCGGAAGUCUAUCACACGUAUUGGAGAAACGGUUGCUGGGAAGUUUACGCGCUCGAUGAUGAACGGGUAAACGAAGAAGCUGGCAAAAAUGGAGCUGCCGUUGUUAAGACACAGGAGCAAAGGAAUUGGCUGUAA